CAGUGUCAACCAUAAGCACCGCAUCCAUCAGUGGUGGAAUCAACCGGCGAAUUAAAGAAUUCACCUUUAUUUUGGAUAUGGCAUCAUAUAAUGACAUCUUUUUGCUAUAAAUGUAGCAAUCAAUGGAGGGUUGGAUUGGAAUAAUAUAUAGUUAUAAGGAACCCUUUAAAACUGUAUAAACUCUCAUCUCAAGGGUGCAUACAAUGUAACUUCAAGGUCAAUCUCUUUAAUUUGCUCCUUCUCGGGUAGUUCUCGAAAUGUAUGUUUAUGUGCAAAAUGAGGUUUUCUACAUGAUACCCGUGUGGAAGCGGUUGACUUGAGUUCUUCUAUUCAUCAGGGUAGGUCGGGAGCCUUUUGCCCAAAAAUUACUGAGGUUCUAACUGACAGAACAGCUAAUCUCUUCAACAAAAAAUGCCAAAGAUAGGUUAUGCCGAAGCACAUGCAUAUGGGAAAAGUGGUCAAGGACAACAAAAACAGUCGUAAUAUUAUCUAGGCCCAUAUUUACUGAGAUUUUUGAAAAGAAAGAUAUUGAUUCCGGUUAUUGCCCUUUUUAACCAUUUAACCGUAGAUUAUGAAAUAACCGGUUAAUUAAUUUAGAAAAACCGGUUAUUGAAUUGACCGGUAAUUUUUGCCCAUCCCUAUUCCUUGUCACAAAAAUAAAAUUAAGUAAAAUCCUCUGUCAUCCGUCAUCGGCCGAUGACUGGGUAUUUUUGCAAACAAGAAAGUGGAUUGUAAUUUCAAACAAAAAGUCUUGCUGAUCAACAAUGGGCCAAAGUCAGUCAGGACCGGGAGGUGGUGACAAGAAAGAGGAGAAGGACAAGAAGAAAAAGUAUGAGCCCCCAAUUCCAACUCGUGUAGGGAAGAAGAAGAGGCGUACGAAGGGCCCUGACACUGCCCUUAAGCUUCCAGCAGUCACACCACACACGAGAUGUCGGCUGAAGCUACUGAAACUUGAACGAAUUAAGGACUACCUACUUAUGGAGGAAGAAUUCAUCCGUAAUCAAGAAAGGUUGAAGCCACAGGAAGAGAAGAAUGAAGAAGAACGCUCAAAAGUAGAUGAUCUUCGUGGAACACCAAUGUCAGUUGGUACUUUAGAAGAAAUCAUUGAUGAUAAUCAUGCUAUUGUGUCUACUUCUGUGGGUAGUGAGCAUUAUGUCAGCAUUCUGUCAUUUGUGGAUAAAGAUCAACUGGAACCUGGAUGUUCUGUUCUUCUCAACCACAAGGUUCAUGCAGUUGUUGGAGUAUUAGGAGAUGAUACAGAUCCCAUGGUUACUGUCAUGAAAUUAGAAAAAGCACCACAGGAAACUUAUGCUGAUAUUGGAGGUUUGGAUACACAGAUUCAAGAAAUCAAGGAGUCAGUGGAACUGCCCCUAACACAUCCAGAAUAUUAUGAGGAGAUGGGUAUCAAACCACCUAAGGGAGUCAUUCUAUAUGGACCUCCAGGAACAGGAAAAACCCUACUGGCAAAGGCUGUAGCCAAUCAAACAUCUGCAACUUUCCUUAGAGUUGUUGGUUCUGAGUUGAUUCAGAAAUAUUUGGGUGAUGGUCCGAAAUUAGUCCGAGAAUUGUUCCGAGUAGCCGAAGAGCAUGCGCCUUCAAUUGUGUUCAUCGACGAGAUUGACGCGGUAGGUACGAAACGUUACGACUCCAACUCAGGCGGUGAGCGUGAGAUCCAGAGAACGAUGUUGGAGUUGCUUAAUCAACUGGAUGGCUUCGAUUCCAGAGGAGAUGUUAAGGUGAUAAUGGCAACUAAUCGCAUAGAAACCUUAGACCCCGCGUUGAUUCGCCCUGGACGUAUAGAUAGAAAGAUAGAAUUUCCUCUGCCAGACGAGAAAACGAAAAAGCGCAUCUUCAACAUUCACACGUCGCGCAUGACCUUGGCGGAAGAUGUGAAUCUACAGGAACUCAUCAUGGCCAAGGAUGAUCUUUCCGGUGCUGAUAUCAAGGCAAUUUGUACAGAAGCUGGUUUGAUGGCUUUACGAGAACGAAGAAUGAAAGUAAUGAAUGAAGAUUUCAGGAAAUCGAAGGAGAACGUACUAUAUCGCAAGAAAGAGGGAACACCUGAAGGGCUUUAUCUUUAAUUUGAAAAAUACUACUUUUUUGUAAUUGCGUUAAGCGAAAAUAUAUUUGAACCUACUAAUAUUGUUA